CUCAAAAAUAAUGUUUCUAUCAACGUUGCUGUGCAAAUAAACGUAAUCCACAGAAUACAGAGGGAAACGUAAUCUGAACGCUUAAUAAAUCCUAUCUCUCUUGCUAGAUUAUGCGCCAAUCAGCUAUAUCUAUAAUUUUAAGAAGUAUGCCACGCAUGCGCGCUGAGCGAGAUAAAUUUGUCAGCGGAUCAGAUUGGUCUGUAUAUUUAGGUGGACAGGUGGAUAAUCUUUGAUGUAGGCCACGAGCCUGUAAUAGAGUCUUUGACGUUGAGUAAAAUGGUAUCGAACGGUUAAAUUGUGUUGCUAUUGGCUGUAAAGUUGAUCUCGGGGAAUCUAAAGACUGAUAUGUCAUUCAAUACGAUAAUACCUUGGAUGCCAAAUUUAUUACAAUCGAUGGGCCGUGGCGCUUUUCCAGGCUUCACGCGAUUGUGUUUGUUAUCGGGAUGUGUUCCUUUACUCCACGAGGUCGGCGUUCUUCGCAAUGUGCAGAGCGCGCGUAGUUUAAAAGUGAGUGGCAUACGAACGUGCGGUUCUAGUUCGCAAGCAGCACGCGGGCGUCUGCCGACUGCCGUGACGUUCCCCGCGUGGAAGUCACGUGACGUGAAGCGGCGGACGUCGUUCAGCACGGCCUCGCCUUCGGAACCCCUGACGAAGCUGCAAGCUCAAGAUUUGAUUCUUCGGCUCACCGAUGAGGAACGACGCAUUUUGUUAUCGGCUUUGCAAGAAUUCCAUUCUGAAAAAAUGAAAGCCGAAUUCGAGGGUGAUCUGGCUGGGGUGACGUGGAGAUCAAGGUUCGGCCGUCCCAGCAAACUGCCUGGCCUGGGAGAAGUAGAUGUUACGGGUGCCUACUGCCUUGUUCCUGAAGAGUGGCUCAAGCGUAAAUAUGCCGAGGCAGUCCCACCACCUACUGCCAGGGACCUGUGGCAAGUAAGCAUCCACAACGCUGUGCCGUUCGUGGGCUUUGGCUUCCUUGACAACUUCUUCAUGAUCUUGGCGGGCGAGUACAUAGAGGCGACCAUCGGUAGCCUAGUGGUCAUAUCCACCAUGACGGCAGCGGCACUCGGCAACACCAUUUCCGACAUUGCGGGCAUUGGCUCUGCGUGGUACGUGGAGCGACUUGCGGCACGAGUCGGCAUCAGAGCACCCAAGUUGACACCACUGCAGCUGGAUCUGCACGUGACUAGGCGCUCCGCGAAUCUGGGCCGUGUCAUCGGCGUGUCGCUUGGCUGCAUCCUGGGCAUGUCGCCACUGCUGUUCCUCAGCAAGAGCGGCUCCAGCGAUCAGGAGACCAUCGCAACCUGAGCAGGACCUCGCCCCUUUCCCCCCUGCGUAGUAACUGUCGCCGGCGAUGUUUGUGUGAUGCCUCAGGCAAGUCUUCUUCUACGUGCCUUGCAAGGAGGCAACAAACCCGUUGCCACCUUUCACACAAGCAUGCAGGCAUUGGAGGGGCGGAAAAAAAAACAUGGUAAGAUUUUAUUACUCUUUUCAAUAUAAGGUGAGGCAUUUUUAGCAGGUGCUUCAACAAACAUCCGAGACCUUGGCAGCUGGACAUUUAUAUAAGUCCGACAAAAUAAAUACGAUUACACCAUUCUAGUCGGGUGACAAUAUAGAGCUUUCAGUCCGAACGUUUGCUGAAGCACCGGUCAGAAAAGUCUCGCCUUAUUGUGAAAUGAGCACAUACAGUUUUUUUUCCUGCAUGUAAGUUAUAAAAAAUAAAAACCAUUCAUUGUAUGUUGAUUUAUUCACUUGUUAUAUAUUUGCUUCAGUUUCACCUUUUUUCAUUGUCACCAACAGAAUUUGUUUUUACCUGCAACUUAGCAAAAGAUGAUAAUGUACAGACAAUUGUUCCAACCCAAUACAUUGCUACCUCCCCCCUCCCUCACCAUAUGCCUUGUUUAUGGGGAUGGAUCACUAAUAGCAGAAGGAAUCCUUACACAGAAACUACUGUGGCCAAAUUAUACAUUUAAGCUGAAUCUACACAGUACGUGUGUAGAAAAGUAGGAUUCUCUUUAAGUGCAUUUAACUGUUAAUAUUGCUUGAUUUUUUUUAAGUUGUACAUACAUAACCCAAGAGAGAGAAAAAAUUUAAUUGGUACAUUUUAUGAUUUUUGGGUGUUACAUGCUUAUGCAUUUAACAAAUAAGUUCCUUUUUGUUGUUUUUCAGAACUGACACAGCAGCCUGUUAAGAUUUUUGUAUUACAUAAGUAGAGUCCCGUAAAAAUGGUUUUAUUUUUCCUUAAAUUUCGUUUUGAAAAAAUCAAAUUUCGGUUUUAUUUCGCUGUUUUGGUUUUUCAUGUUUACUUUAACUUUUGAGAAUGGUUUUAUGACCUACAAGUUUUGCUUGGCUAAAUAAUAGUGGCACGGCGUAUACUCGUAUACUGCACUCUAAAGUCAACACUAUUGGCAAACACUAUUGGCAAAUAAAAAUUGUAGGCUUGAAACAGCUCGGCACGGCCCGGUGCCGCCUAGCGCGCUGCCUCGGCACGGCCCGGUGUCGCCUAGCGCGCUGCCUCGGCACGGCAUGUCUCAACUUAGUAUUCUUUUAAUAUUUCUUGCUGCUGUUCUUUGUCCCGUUGACGCCGUAUUCACUUGCUCUGCGGUCGUAUUGCAUUUGCUGAGAAGUGUAGUUACGGCAGUUAAAGGUCACUGAUUUUGCUUAUCAAUCGGCGUAGUGCCAUGUGUUCAUGUUUACGAGUAGUAGAGGUGUAAAAGUAACGAAAAAAAGUGUACCCGUAUGUAUUCGUUACUAUAACAAUUAGUACUCGUUACUAUCGUGUCGCUACGUUACUCGUUACUUCUGAUACCGCAUAACAUGCAAUGUUAUUUUGCAGCAACGAAUCGAGUCGUAUUGCGUACGCGUACAGUAUGACGUCACGUAAAUAAUAAUAAAUAGAAUAUAAACAAUUAACAAUAUUUGAUAAUUAACAGUUUUUGUUAACCAAGAAACAAUUAAAUCUCAUUAGAGCGGUUUUAUUAUCUCUUUUAAGAUAAAAACAACAAAAAAAGUGAAAAUACGCGAUAAUAAAUAACAAAAACAUACAUAUUUCUAAUUUGUAAAAAAUACUUUCUUAUAAACAGUAAAAAACUUGGACGACAAAUUUCCAUAUUAUACUUAAUAAACAAACAUCGUUCUUUGUAACGUAAAUUCAUCGAAUAUGCGCGCGCAUGCGUAAAGCAUACGAAAAAUGCGAGUAACGAAAUCCAGCCGUGUGUAACGUUUCGUUACUCGAUACUAGAUGGCGCACCCGUCACUCAGUCAGUACCGAAUACAUACGGUUUGCUACACCUACAGCUCUAACGAGUAGGUUGCCAAGCCAGUCAAACGUAGUUGAAAGCAUGAGGUUGUUAACUGUUCAACAUGAAAGGAAGAAUUAAAAUUUUAUAUUUCUCUACAAGAUUAAUGUGUAAAUACAGCGGGUUGAAAAUCAUGGCAGCUAUAUUGUGUUGAAAACAUCGCCGGUAUUUUUUAUUAACUUUGUGUUGAUGCUCAGGUACAUUUUUCUCUUUUUAAUUAGUUUAUGAUUGCAAUUACUGCUUUCGUUUCAAAUUGUAAUGAUUACGUGACGGGAAUACUGUAAAUCAUUAUUUACUUUCAUUACUACAAAGCGGCCAUGUUGAAACUUAGAAAAAUGGCGAUGUGCCGUCAACGUCGUGUUUACUUGUUUUUCGCGAUGUCUUGCAUGGGUGGUCUAAUUCAUUAUUAUCAGUUUUAUUUCUCGAUGCUGUGCGAUUUCGGUGUUUUGUCGCGAAUUAAGGUAAAUUGCGGUGUUAUUUCGCGAUAUCGCGAUUCGCGAAAUUUCCGUGUCUCUAUACAUAAGUAAUUUUAUUGUUUGCAAUUCCUUCUUUAUUUUUGCAAAAUAUUUAAGUAUUUUCCUCUUAAUGCUUUUUUCACAUAAAGGUCGCACCCCUACUUUUUAAAAAACUUGAUUUUAGUAUAAAAUGUCAGACGAUUAUGUGAUAAAACACGGUAAAUCUUAUAACUAGAGGCACUGGAAAAUAGCGUUUAUAAUGGCUGUUCGUAGCAUUUAUAUCGCUUUAAUUUUAAUAGACUAGAAAAUUCUUACAUGAUUCUUCUCCCAGUUUAUGCGGAUGUUGCAAGCUUUGCACAUAAGUAUGUUAGUGUCACUAACAUUGAAAUGGUGCGACUUGUAUUGUUCUGCACGUGAAUGCACGGUAAAAGAUUUUGUCCGUCCCAUAAUGGUAAAAAAAAAAAUUAAUCUAACUGCAUUGCACGCGAACGCGAUACAGAAAACCAACUUUAAUAACCUUAAUUUUAUUGUGAAUAGCAGCGCAAUAUUUUAGUUUCACAGAUUACCGUUUGUUUUUCGGGUAAGGAAAUUAGGAAAACACUAUGUACGUUCAACACAUGAGCGACACAGGCAUAGAGCUACAUUGCUGCCAUAUUUUCCCCCCCGUUAAAGUGCUAACGAAUUUGACUGAAGUAGAUUUUCGUAUUUUUUAUUUGUAGUUGCCAAAUAUAAGCUGCGUGUGUUGUAAACUUAAAUAAAUGCAUUUUUAUAUUUUAGUUGUCAUUAAACAGUAAAUAAUUUGAUUGCUUGUGUUAAUAUCACACACGCACGCACACGUUGGCAAACAUGGCCGCUUCAAUGUUUUCACUUUCUUUCCCGUGAAAAUAAUUAUGCAUGUAAAUAAACGUCUCUCUUAAAUCAUUUACAUCUGUUUGGGUUCGUACGUUACGUUUGCCGUUAACAAAGUUUCCGUGCGAUCCUAUGCGUAUUUAAAUUGUGUUUCGUGUUAUUUACAAGAUUCAUAGAUUGUGUUGAUUGUUUACAUGGCUCGCCAUCGUCACGGUUUAUUAGGUAAUCUUCAAACAUGGUAAGAAUAUGCGUAAAAUAAAGAAUGUUCUUUAUUGUAUGAGGUUAGUCCGUUAAUAAUAAGAAAUGGUUUAUUUAAGACAUAUAAAUGUACUGGAAAUUUAAAUAGUACUUGAAAUUUUAAUAAUUACUUCUAAAAAUGGGAUUGUAGUGUUUAUUCGUUGGUAAACCAUUUUGUCGCUUUUAUUCGCGCCUAUAUCGUUUUUACGAUUUUCCAGUGCCUCUACUUAGAACAUAUCUAAUAGAUCACUAAGGAGUUGUAGCAACAUACCACACAAAAUUGUAAAUAAUUUUGUGUUAACUUUUAUAUAGCCCAACCAUGUUUUUACUUGAAAGAAUGUUCUUAUGUGGGUCUGUAGCACAUAUUUUUCUUUUGUUCUGACAUUAUGUAUGGGUAACAUGGUGAAGUAUGGUUAUUACAAAGUGGAUAAAUUUCUAUACCCUUUGGGUUUGUAUUGAGGUUUCACUGUAAUUGUAAUAUUUUUUUCUUAGUUUGUUUAAAUCAUGGCAAGCUAAUGUUAACAUUAUUUUUAGCUGAUAAACCUGAAGCUCAUAUUGGGAGGUGAAUUUUAUUAGUUCUUUUAAUUUUCAUAUUUGUAAAAUCCUAUAAAAAGGCAAUAUUAUGAUCGCUAAUUUUGCCUGGUUGUUAUGUACAAUAAAUUUAUGCGUCAUCUCACCAUGCUUAAGGCUCAAGUUUAAGUCUAUCAAUGAAAAAGUGAAAGUAAAUAAAGAUAACUUAGAAAAAAUCAAUAUGUUUAAACUCUACUUCAUAAUUUCUCUCAGCUAAACUUAGAUUUUGGAACAUUCAGUGAGGUUGAGCACAGCGGGUUAAGCAUUGUGUGUAAUGUGCAAAACUUAUGUGCAUUUGUUUGGAUACUGCUUCUGACUGGGUGUUUACAUUGUGGUAAGGCCCAUAAGGUCCGGUUUUGGCUACAAUUUGUUUCCUGUAUCACAAAUCAGUCAUGUGUUCAUAAAUUGCAUUGAAUAAACGCAUUAAAAUAGUAGUAUUAUAUGUUAACCUCUGUUUUUCAACAAAAAAGUAAUUUUACACCUUACCAUUUAUUUUGUUUUUUCCUAUAAAUUAUUAAUCUCAUACUUGUAAGGAAAACGUUUGUCAAAAAAUUGUCUCCUGGGAGGUUAUAGGCUAAGAUCACAUUGUAUUUUACAUUUACAAUCACUAAGAAUUUUAUGCCAACACUUUGAUAUUGAUUUAUUGUAAAGCUACACUUAAUGCAGACAAUAUUUGCUUAACAUAGAGGUUCAAACCACCACACUUGUCACUAUAUCCUCUGACAAACCACACAGAAAAACUAACGUGUAUGGAGUAAAACUCAAGCAGUCUAUUUUUAGUGUCAGUUUUUUAUUACUGCUGUGUUAGAUUUUCAGCCCAACCUUGGUCAAAACAAAUGUAAGUUAAGAAAAUGAUAAAUUUAAUUUCUGUUAAAAUCUAAA